AUGGAUCCCACUCUUAUAAUUCUGUGGGUAUUUACAUGGGUGGCAAUUGUCUUAAUUAUCCUUCGGCUGCUAGUACGCAAGUUGAAGAGAUUCCAGUUUGUCCUGGGCGAUUAUCUCGCAAUGGGAGCAAUCCUCUGUGCGCUCGUACGACUCGCCUUGGUACAUGUCAUUAUCAUCUGGGGAACCAAUAAUAUGUCUACGACGUUCAGAAAUACGCAUCAUUUCACACCCGACGAGAUCCGUCGUAGAGAGAUCGCGAGCAAAUUUGUGCUCGUCAAUCGAGUGUUCUAUAAUUCCUAUCUCUGGUUGCAGAAGUUGGUUCUGCUUGAUACCUACGGCAGACUGCUCACACACCUUCGCUGGGAGAAGGUCACGAUGAUUUCGUAUAUCGGGAUAUUCGCAGUGACGUAUAUAGUCGUCCAGAUUGUGACUUUCACCGAGUGCGAUCCAUUCAAUCAUUACUGGAUCGUAUUGCCGGACCCUGGCAUAUGCUGCCAGGCACAGCUCCAAUUAAUCGUGCUCGGUAUGCCUUCUGUGAGGAAGUUCGUUUCAAAUUAUUACAUCUCUAACGUUCGAGUUUCCUCAGGUGUCCUAAAUAUCAUCACCGAUGUUAUGCUUAUCGCCUUGCCGAUUCCAGUUCUGGUUAUAGUUAAACGAUCUGUUGUUGAGAAAAUCCAACUAGCCAUCCUCUUCGCUGUCGGCCUCUUCAUCGUCGCAAUCACCAUUGCUAGACUGCCUCAAAACGCUAAAAAUUCCACUGUACAAGUGAAUAGAACGACGUGGGCGUCUGUCGAGCUACUCGCUGCCGCUAUCGUAGCAAAUGCUCCCGUCCUGUACGGACUCCUGAAGGGACAGAAGAAGAAGUCGAAGCAAGCCGCAUCAGGAACUGGAUCAACUGGGCCGUCGUGGCCGGGACAUCAAAAGAGAUCAGCAAAUGAGCCCGAAUUCGAAAUGCAGGGGGCCCGUCACAGUAAGAGAGGGUCUGCUCUCGGUUCAGAUAUAUCAUCCAGGAAGUAUAUAGAUAUCGAUGGCCAGAGUAGCCAGUCGUUGACUCGAAGCCUGGACAAAUAUGAAGCAUAA